GGUUUUUGUUCAUCUUUCUCUCUUGCUCAAACUCAAGGGGUGUAAAAGAAAAAAAGGGAAGAAAAGGGAAGAAAACGAAAACUCAAGAAAAAAGCCGUACGGGCUAAAAUUAGUGCACGCCGGCGACCCGACCCGUCAAAGUCACGCUCCGUUCAGACACCAUCUCCGACCAGCGCUAUUUCCGCCUGAAUCAUCAGUACGAGAACAUAUCUUACGAUCAGAGUUGAAUUGGAGAAAGAGGUGAUAGCAGCGCUAGGCCAAAUAAAUGGAUAGACAGAAUCAAAGAAUAGAGCAGGGAAUUGUCGAAGGAUGUUCAUCACUAGAAUCAAGAGGAUCUGUUUUUGGAAAAUAUUCUGAUGCAGACAUGCUUUUUAAGCUGAAAAGAAUUGCUCUGGAUCCUUGUGAUCCCAAAGCUAGCUUCGGAAAAUCUGGAUCAUUGUUGAACCAAACACUAAGAGUGCGAAAAGUCUUGUCUAUUGGUGACCUUGACUGCCCACGGAGAAAGAGAAAGCUCCAACUUUACAUCAAAGGAAACUUGAGAAACGCUCCCAACCUUCCAUUGGAGACAUUUGACAACAAAAGUAAGGAAAAAAAGAGUAGAAGACAGUUGUCCCAUGCAUCGACUGUUUCAUGCUUUAACAGUUCAGUGAAAUCCAAAAGUUUUGAAAAAAAUGCAGUCCCGACUUCACAUAGCCCAACGAGCUUAUUAACAUUUGAAGCGAGUCUUCAAGAGCGAAUGUUUUCAGAAUCCUUUCUAAACGCUGUAGAUAUGGGUCCUCCUGCCAACUAUAUUUCUUCUGUAAUUGAUUCCGACGAAUCUGUAAAUGGCUCAGACCACUUGAGCCCUGUGGACCUAACCCUCACCCCCAUCGAAGCACCAUUGCUUGCCUUGGAUGAACUGAUUCACAAUUCAAAGUCAUUGACUAGGAAAGGAUCAAAGACCAGGCAUCUUCAAUCACCUCGUGGGUCCAUUACCAUUAGGUUAGAGAGCUUCACAGAUGAUCCCUCUCCAAAGAUGGUUGUUCCAGUUGGGCCCCGUUUUCAGGCUGAAAUUCCCGAGUGGUCCGAACCAGUUGGCUAUAGACAAGCUCAUGGUGGUUCUGAUGAUUCAAGAUGGUUAGGAACCAAAGUCUGGCCUAUUGAAAUGGGCAAUACCAAACAAUCCACUAAAUAUGUUGGAAAAGGCAGAGCAGAGUCUUGCACUUGCCAAUCUCCAGGCUCAGUUGAGUGUGUUCAAAGCCAUGUUCUAGAGGAGAGACUCCGUCUCAAAUGUGAUCUUGGCCCUGCGUUCUCAGCCUGGAAAUUUGAUGAAAUGGGGGAACAAAUGUUGAAGUCAUGGACAGCCGAGGACCAAAAGACUUUUGAGCCAUUGGUGAAAAAGAAUCCACACUCAAAUGGAAAGAAGUUUCUGAAGCAGGCCUUGAAGUCUUUCCGUUCUGAUCUUAGGACAACUGCAGUCAAUUAUUACUUCAAUGUCUUCCUCCCAAGACGCAUUAGUAUGCUCACACGGAUGUCACUGGCUGAGCUAGUUGACACUGAUGAUGAGGCAGAAGAUUCUAAUAACUUGCUUUUGCGUGACAUAUGUGAUGGCAAAAGUGUUAAUCCUGGGAGGUCCAAUGAUGUAAAAAGAACCCGUUACUUGCGUCUCAGGACUUGAUCAUGAACACUGGAAGAUCAGUGAAUAUGAUGUAACCUUCCAAAGGUUUUGCUUGGUAGCUUUGUUAUUAUAAUGCAGUUUAAUUUCUGUUUAGUCAUUUAGUCAAGAGUCACUCUCCAACUUAUGGUGUGGAGGGGGAGGGGGGAGUUCUUUUUAGGAUGGUUUAAUUUUAGUUUGGUUUACGAACUGGCUGCUUUGGUACAUGGCCCAAGUGUGUUAAAGAAAUACAUGUACAAUGAUUAAUGGGAAAAGGUGCAAAUAGGCCCAUGUACUAACCAAAAAAGGUCAAAUAAGCCCUUAUUUAGGAGGUUCUGGCCGGCUGUCGCCAUUUGGGAUGGUUCCCGUUGGAAUUUUUUGAUGAAUUUUUUUGACCAUAUUAUUCAUUAAGUCUAGUUUACGCAUACCAAAUUUCAGCUAAAACUUCAAUCGGGAAGACAUUCAAAUGAAUUCUUGAACAUAACGGCGCAGUUAGAAGCACAGUUAUCUUCAAGAAUUCAUUUGAAUGCCUUCCCGAUUGAAGUUUUAGCUGAAAUUUGAUAUGCGUAAACUAGACUUGAUGAAUAAGAUGCUAAAAAAAUUUCAUAAAAAAAUUCCACCAGGAACCACCCCAAAUGAUGACGGCCGGACAGAGUCUCCUAAAUAAGGGCUUACUUGACCUUUUUUGGUUAGUACAUGGGCCUAUUUGCACCUUUUCCCAUGAUUAAUUGAUACAACCCCAAUCUCUAAUCUGUGUUAUGGACAAUGUAGUAAAUUGAGAGCAGCUAGUGUGGUGCUAGCAAUGCCAUAAGUGGCAUUCUGGUCACUGGCGCCUAUCACCUAGUCAAGUAGCUAGGUAAAUAGAACUAAGGAUGUUUUUAGGUGGACUGUAAUUUGCUGGUCUGGUCUUGUUUGGUCUGAAUUGGUCUGGUCUGGUCUCUUUCUAUUUUUAUAACUAUCCAAGUCUGGCCUGUUUUGGUUUGGAACAGAUUACAGUCCAAGUAAAAGCAUCCAAAAAAAUUGAGUUGGGCAUGGCCCAUGCGGAUUUUUUUGCAGCUUAAUCAGAUAGUUUCAUAAACUCCUUUAAAAAAAAAACAUGUCAUGUGGUCCCUGUACUUGGUGUCUAGUCGUAUCCUCGCCAGCAAGCAGUGUCGGCAAACCAUUUUGUAUCGGUGACCAAGUCCCACAUGCGAAAUCUAGUGAUCCCUCAAAACAAUAUUCUCUUUCUGCUUCAGCUUAAAAACGUCUACCUUCUCCGAACGAGAUCCCCAAUCAAACGUGAGCAAAUCCAGCCACCCCUCAUCUCCCUUGAGCCCAUCUUGUGUUUCCCCUGCAAUUGCAGAACCGUUGUGUAACACGGCGCUUCUACGGAUGCAACUCGAAUGCUCUUUCCUUCUCUAGCGAAGAAAACUCACCAUCAUGCUUAAAACCCCUUGUAUGGCUAGUAUGGGCCAAAUCUCCGGCGAUAAUACCCUUUGGAUUUCCUUUCUCAAAUCAGCAAACUAAUAUCAACAACGUCGGUGAAUUCUAUCUAGUGAAAAAUCCCCACAAUCAGUAAAAAAAUCUUUUGAAAUCUUCAAAUUACCCUUGUAGGCCACUAAAUUCGGGAAUCCGUAAAUUCGGGAAUUCGUGAACGCGGCUUUCCCUUAAGAAGAACCCUAUAGCAUAGCUUAACUGCGACGGGGACAAAAAAGUGACAUGAAACAAAGCUUCAGGAACAAAGAAGCAUUAUUUAUGGAGCCUAUAUUGGCGAAAAGAGUUGAUGAUAAACGGGAAGAUGGCCAAAUAGACCAUAAAAGUGAACCGGAAGAAAGUCCUCAGGCGGACUCGUCGGCGAGUAUGACACUGGAGCUGCUGGAAAACACAAAGCUUUUCUCUUUAACUAUCAGUACCCUCACAACAACUUUUCAAACCAACCUAUGUAGGAAAAAAACCUAGGCAUUUAAGCAUAGUAAUCCGGCUUUGAGGAUGUAUAAGCGUCAAUUGUAGUAAUAAUACCGAUAAGAUACCAGGUUGAUCCGCAAGAGAAUGUUUGUUUAGUAAAGCUCAUAUUUUGAAAAUUAAACUAUAGAAAAGAUGUAAAGUGUGGAGACUUUCUCUUGAAUGUAUGAUAACAUAAUCAAGACAUUGAAAUCCACUUAAAUGUUUUUAGAGUUCAAUAAACUCUUAUGAGUACGAUAUCAUUAUUAUAUAUUUAUAUUCUUGACUUAGGUUAAGGCAGAGAGUGUGAAGUUCGCUAUGUGUGAGUCCUGUUAUGUCAGACAUUCAUCUAGAAAAAUCUUCAUUAAGAUAUCACGCAUAUAUCAUACAAGUUCGGAUAAGUUUUCAUAUUCAAUACUUGUAUGGUCUAUCCUUUGGAGAACGAUCUAUACUACAACUUUCUUUGACUAUAUAAACUUCUAGAUAUUAUGCAUCAUAGAUGUAUAGGUUUAUUUGUAAGGAGAGUAAAAUGCGAAUUAUUCUUCUAGUCACCGGUAGAUAUUCAACGCUAAUUACUUCAUAUCAAGACAUAGAUUAUGCUAUUAUAUUGUGUAACAUUUAUGGAUAAUUAAAUUUUAAGCAGAAUAAAUCAUAAUACAUUGACCUAGAAUAAAUAGGAAAAAUAAGUGGGCGUAGAUUCAUCCCGAUUCUUGACUUAAGGAUUUAGUCUCUAAUGCUCAUAUUAAUCAAGAUUAUAAUACUUCAAAUGUAAAAGGAAAUGAAAAUGCAAAGAAAAUAUUACUUAAGCAUCAAUGGUUGCAAAAAAUGAGUUUCCCAAACUCAAGAACACCAUAGAAAAGAAAGAAUAAAUAUAAAAGCUAGUAACUAACUAAUGUAUUGAUUCUUUGGGAUAGAUUGGAUGGUUUAAAUAGGAUAGAAAAUGGCUUCUAAUAGUCUAUUCAUGAUCCUUAAUCAGUUGGGGGGAAGGGGGGGGGGGGAAUCUGAACCAUGCUCUCCAAUUAUCUUCACUUCAAUUCAAGAAUCUUGCACGUCGUGGUGUUUUAUGCAGAUUUGGGCAGAUCCAAUGCCGGUUAGGGGGUGUUCAGUACUGGUUUUGAGGCUCUUAAUAUCUUCAUAAAACAAGUGGGCAUGCUGCCAGUCAUUGUUUUCUGCCCGUUUCCAGUGCCGGUUUGGUCCGUGUUUGGUGUCGGUUCCGUCUUUAACUGCAAUUUGCUUUUUUUGCUUCGAUGGUUGAUAUGCAGUAAUUGUUAGUGCAUAAGUUGUGUUUUUUGCUUUGAUGGUUGAUAUUCACAAUUUUUCAGCUACCUUUAUUAUGAGUUUGUAAUCAUUUGUUUGAGUUGAAUUGUUUUUGUGUUUUAGCUUUCAUUUGUAAGUUGCAAAGUAGUAUGAAACUUAGUGAUGUUGAUGAAGAACUUUGCACUCAAGGAAUCUGCCCAGAUGACAUACCCGGUCGGGUAUGGUCUUUACUCGGUCGGGUAUGAAGUGAAAUUGAAAGCUGCUGCGAAACUGCACUCAUUCCUGGUUGGGUAUGUACCUUCACCCGGUUCGUUAUGACUUGACUUCGGGAAAAUAGACGUGCUCAUCAACACAAAGAUGUGGGUGAAGAUUUGAUUUUGACCAAUACCCGAUUGGGUAUCCGGUGCAGCUUGACGAAAAUACCUAUAAAUAAUACACUUUUCCUUCACAUUUCAUCAUUCCUAGCAUGCUUCGUCUCCGAAUGAGGAGCUAAACUCCUAUUUCUCGGUUUUGGUCUUGAAGCUUGUUGAAUGUUAAAGUUGUGUGUUAUUUUCUUAACUUCUUCCCUUGAAUAAUAAUUCUUCCCUUAUUCUAUCUAUAUAUUAAUGUUGGAGAGUGUUUCUAAUUGAUG